AGUAUUUAUUAACGAUUGGUCUUCGUCAUAUCAAGUUAAAUUGACAGACGAUAAACCAGUUGGAGAACAUCUUGGAUAGCAUCUAUUAUUAAUGACAUGGAUUUAAAGGAGUUACAAGUAUGAUUCAUGUUCAUAUAAUUACAGAAGCAGAAUAAAUCUUGUAUUAACUUGUACAUUACGCUGGAUUACUGUCACAAAGUAACUUAAAGCACUUGAGCAAUUUUUGAUAGUCCAUCAAUCGCAAUCAUUCUAAAAUAAAUUUCAUGUUUUAAGUUAACCAUUUAAUAGUUCAACAUUACUAAAAUACUCAAUAUAAUUGCUGUAUGCAAGCAACUCGAUGGUAGAUAAGAAUUUAUUUCCUAUAUGUCUUCAUCAAUCAACUUCUAAAUUAUAUAAUUUUAAUGUUUUUUUUCAUUUUCCACAUUAAAAGUGAAACAAUCGCGCUAUCAGUUGCUUAUGUAUUAAAUUUAUUUCUACACAACAUUUAUUUCCACGUAUUUUUUCUUUACUGUGUCUUUAUCGUUAAACAAAAGAAUUAUAUUAUCGGUAGUAAUAACAAACGUGUCAAGAAAAUAUUCAAUAAUGGACAGUGUAUCGCAAAUAAUUUCUAAUCGUCGGAAUCGCUUCACUUUAUGGCCUCAAUGGUUAGCUGCUUUGGAAUUAUUUCUGAUGUCAUCGGUGGUAGGAUUACAAGGAGGUUGGACAUCACCAUUCUUAUCAAAACUGGAUGCAACGAUAAACCCAAAUUCAGAACUUCCAAUCACUAAAUCAGAGGCCUCGUGGAUAGCAUCGCUUACAAGUUUCGCGCAAACAUUUGGUGCCAUGUUCGGUGUAAUACUUGUUUACACGAUCGGUAGUAAACAGUCAACCCUAAUAACUGGAAUUCCGAUGGCUUUGAGCUGGGCAUGCUUCUUAAUCAUUAAAUCAGUACCAUUGAUCUACGUAUCACGAAUUCUCAGCGGACUUAGUUUGGGACUUUAUCAGAGCGCAUUUGUGUUAUAUAUCGGAGAAAUUUCACAUCCUAAGAUUCGAGGUGCUCUAGUAGCUCUGUCCAUAAAUGGAUACUCGAUAGGCUAUUUUUGUGGAAACUUGAUGGGAAAAUAUUUGGACAUGUGGCUUUUUGCUACUGUCAGUCUGGUCCCAACUUUAUUAUUUUUGGGUUCAUUUAGCAUGAUGCCUCACACUCCAUCGUUUCUUGUGCUUAAUAGUAAGAUGGACGAGGCUGCAAAAUCAAUUAGAUUCUAUGAUCGUAAUGCUGAUGUUACCAAAGAACUUGAUGCUCUUUCACAUUUCAUGCGAGCAAACCGAACGACAACACUAGUGUCUAAGUUAUGGGCCAUCAAUUCGCCGACAAAUCGCAAAAUAUUGUUUAAAGUAAAUGUUGUUAUUCCACUCAUUAAAUUCAGCGGGAUCUACACGAUUCCUGCGUACAUGGAAAUCAUUUUAAAAAACGUCAAAAUACAAACAAUAAAUCCAACUGAUUUGGUAAUCAUAGUGAGCUUCAUAAGUUCAUGUUUCAGUUUGCUCGCAACGUACACCAGCGAUGAAUUUGGCAGAACUAACAUGCUACUCUUUUCUUCAAUCAGCAUAGCCUUUUCAACGUUUCUAUUGGGACUGAAUUAUCAGUUAUUGGAUUUAGGUAUAGAUAACAAAAAUUUACAAUGGUUGUCAAUACUCGCGAUUGUCAUUUUUCAACUUUUCACUGCCAUCGGUAUCCAACCAAUACUUGCUACGAUAUUGAGUGAGAUGUUUGCACCCAAUAUAAAAAUCGUAGGAGUUUCAUUCAUCAAUGCUCUGAAUGGAUUAUUUGCAUUUGCUUCUACCAAGAGUUACCAACCAAUGAUCGAAAAUUUUACCGAAAAAUAUGUUUUUUGGAUAUAUUCAUUACUGUUUAUCGCAAUUGCAGUUUACAUAAGAUUGUUUAUCCCAGAAACGAAGGGUAAAUCUCUCAUAGAAAUACAAGAGAUGUUACUUGAUAAGAAAAAAACUGAACUGAAUGCCGAAAGUGAUUCGUAAAAGUGUAACUGCGUAAAAUUAUUUGAGAAAAAAUUCAUAAAAAAUAUUCAUUCAUCGAAAUUAAUUUU